UUAUAUUUCCAACUAGCUCACCGAGGAGUGGCAGUACGGCAAGGAGCCAUACUCUUGCGCCAAUCCUCCGCCUAUGGUAAGCUUCUCUUCUUUUUUUCUUUGCUUGUUGCCGAGUUCAUGGUGGCCGACUCCUGACCAGCCGGCUUUUCUUUGGCAGAACCCCGCGCUUCCGCCGGCAACCGGGGCUGCGGGGGUGGAACGCCAGUUCCUCCCUGACCGCAUGAUGGACGACAUUGACGACCCGGACCUGGGGCGGCCGCCAUGGAAGAAGACGUCGCAGGGGAGGGCGGCGAGGCAGGCGGCUCUGGGCUCGGGGCCUCCUUCGAGGAUUGGCCGGAUGAUGCCGAGGCCGAAGUUGUUCCGCGCCGUUAGUCGGUGCCCGAUCACCAAAGCGCGGGCCCAUCCGCCACGCCGGCUCUCCAUGGCGGCGCGUAGAAAAGCCGGGCCGCGUCGACCUACUUCGGCAGUCGGCCCAAGAAGCCCAAGAGUACCGCGGCGGCGACCAAGCGGGAUGAGACGGCCGCGAAGGCGGCCCGCUUCCGCAAGGUGGUGACGCAGCCACAGGCGGUCUCAGCGUAAGCGUCACUGUUCUCAUGCCUUUCUUUCUUCUUCUUCUUCGGUUGAUGUUCUUCCAAACCUUUUUUCUCAAUUUAUCAAACAGGGGCCCUCUUUCCCUUGGGCGGGUCCCGGCCGCCUCCAUAGUCGGAGCUGUGGGAGGGUCUUCAAGCUCCCGCUAGGUGGAUCCCCGCGCCGACCUCCUAGAGGCGAUGGAGCGGAAUGCGCGGGAAGUGCGGGAGGAGUGGGAGGCGGAGGAGCGGAGGGCGGCUCGAGAGGCGAAGCAGAAGUCGGCGGAGGCGCGAGUUGUCGCGGCCGCCAAGGCCCAGGCAGAGGCCACAAACGCGGAGAGGGAGGCGGAGGCCCAGCAGAACCAGCCUCCGCAGUUCGUCAUUCCCCUCCGCGCCGCAGCUCCCGACACCCCUGCGCCCCCGUUAGAGGAGGCCGGCCGCGACCAGCUGGAGAUGGAGAGGGAGGUGGCGCCAUCGCCGCCGACUGGAGCGGGCCGAGGAAGACGGCCUGAAGUGCCGCCCGUGCAGCCGGCUGGAGGCGAGCUGGUCGUGAGAGGGGAUCUUGUGAUCUUGUCGCCACUUCGCCGGCGCAUGGGGAAGGCGACUUCAGCGCCGGACGCGUAGAAAACCAUGGACACUGGCUCGUCGGCCCAGGACCUAGAAGCAGCCAGCGAUAGCUCGUCCGGGUGGACGCCGGGCGGUGGGACAGCCGUGCUGAAUGUGGCGGCGCAGGACGUCCGGAACCGGCUUCAGGCCCAAGCCACCGUGCUGAAGCAGUACACCCAGGAGUUUCUCACGACGCGAUCGGUUAUUCGGGAGUACCACAACCUCCGCGCGGCCGCUUUCAACUCCCAGGCCCAGGAGUUGAAUCAGAAGGCCACUGAUCUGUCCGAGAGUCAGAGGGCCAAUGCUGACUUGAGGAGCCAGCUAAGCGGAGCCCAGCCCUCCCUUCGCGCCAAGGAAGACGAGUGUGCCGCCCUGGCCCAGGAGCGCGAUCGCCUGGCCAAGAAGCUGGCUGACCAGGAGGAGAGCCACAAGGCGGCCCUGAAGGCGGCACAGGACAGCGAGGCCGCCCUCAAAGCCGAAUAUGAGACCGAGGCGGCAAACUGGGCCGAGACGAGGCAGGCGCUGAGCCAAGGCUACAGCCGGGUGGAAGACUUGAUUGACGGUAUGCCGCCUUCUUCUUUGCUUCCUUGCCUGCCUCCUACUAUCUGAUUCAUUUUUUGACUUUGUGCCACUGCUUUCCUCUUUAUGCAGAUUACUUUCCCGGCUACUCUG